GAUAACAUUUCAACCUGACAGUUCUCAUUUUCUUGUGAACUGCACCACUUAGACAUAAUGGCAGACAUCGUGAAGCCGAUAAUGGAUACAUAUUGAAACAUAGUUGAUCAUUUCUAAUUUGUUAAGUUAUAUAAAAUGGGGUCUUUUUCAGUGGAUUUUCAAAAAACGGUGAAUGAGCUGAUAUAUGAAGAGAAAGAGCGAGAUGAACUGUUUGGCGCCCUGAGAAAGUAUCAGACGGCCUCGGACAUCAAGUUCCUCAUUCUGGAUUUGAAGAGGGUGAUAAAUGAGCCCUCUAGGCUGGAGAUAUAUGACUUUAUCAGGCCCCUAAUCCGCCCUGUCCACCAGCAGCAGUAUGACAAGCUGACCCCUAAUGCUCCUGGACAGAAGCUGCGUGUAGUCAAGCUGUGGAAGAAGACAAAUGAAAGCUUCGGAUUUUCCGUCAGGGGAGGUAAAGAGCACGGCGUGGGUAUCUUUGUUUCCAAUGUUCAGCCUGGAAGUCAGGCAGAGGCAAGGGGGCUCAAGCUUGGUGAUGAAAUAGUGAGAGUGAAUGGGUUCACAAUUGCUGAGGCAAUCCAUGAUGAGGUGCUGAACCUGAUCAAAGGUCGAACCGAGAUUGAACUCAAGGUCACUAAUCUUGGAAUGGUUCCUAUAAAGCAAAAUCCAAGUGACCCUGUGACCUGGCAAUACAUUGAAGACAGCAAACCAAAGCCUGAGUCUUCCAGCUCCGAGGAGUCUGGUGAGGUUGUGAAGAUCUUCAUCAACCUGAGAGGGGCCACCAGUCUGGGAUGUAGCAUCGUGAGUGGUCCCAAGCAGUUCCCGGGUAUCUUCCUGGAGCGUGUGCGCCCGGGCAGCCUGGGAGAGGAGUAUGGACUGCAGGCUGGAGACCAGAUCCUCGAGGUGAAUGGCAAGAGCUUCCGCAGCAUCAAACACAACGAGGCCAUCGUGGAACUGAAGGGAAGCAAGGAGCUGAACAUGGUUAUCAAGAAAGGAGUGGCUGUAGCUCUGCUAGGCUCUAAGGGUUUCAAAGAUAUGCAGGAUGAGGCAAGUGAAAAGUCACACCAGGAAAGAGUUGAUGAGAUUUGUGAUGAACUGGACAAUAACCUGUACACAGAAGUCAUUAAGAAGCCCAGCCAGAAGGCUGCUGAGCAGAGCAAGAAGAAUCAACAUGAAGAUGCGGUAAAGGAGCAGUUUCGAGAACAGGAAAGAAGAAGGCAAAUCCAGGAGGAGGAGCGGAGGAUAGAAGAGCAGAUCCGUGAAGAGGAAAUGAGGAGGGAGGAAGAGCAGCAAGCAGAACAGCGGGCUAAGCAACAGAAGGCAGAGCAGCAAAGACUGCAGGAGCAGGCCAGAUUACAAGAAGAAGCAAGGAGUAAAAGAGAAGAAGAGGAGCGUUUGAGAAGAGAAGAAGAGAGGAAGAGGAGAGAGCAGGAACAAAAGGAGGAAACAGAGCGGAUAUUAGCUGAGGAGGAAGAGAGGAAAAACCAAGAAAGGCUUGCAAUGAAGCAACAGUUCCAGAGAAUGCAGCAGCAAAGGUCGGCAGUGCUUGCAGGCAGGGGUGGACCUACCAACUCCAUGAAGCCCACCCUGAUGGGGGCAGCCACAGGAUCAAAGAGUUCUUUUGGAAAGUUGACAAAGAAGAUGGUUAAGGAAGUUGCCAUAACAAAGGAGGAAGACGUUCCACUGGAUAUUGACCUCGAAGGCGGCACUGACUCACCACUAGGUGGAAAAAUUGUGGUGUCUGAAGUCUUUUACGGAGGGGCUGUUGAUAAAAAUGGUGAGAUCAGUCGUGGUGACACUAUCCUUAAGGUCAACGACACAAAGAUGGAGAACAUCACACUGACUGAGGCACAGGAGGCUCUAUGGAAGAUAGAGCAGCAAACCAACAUUGGGGGAAAAAUUGUAUUCACAGUAGCCAAGUCUGAAAUCCAGCAAGAAAGUGACAUCACCUUCUUCUAGCUGUAACAGAGGGGAUACAUUGAGUCUUCUAUCAAGAAAAUCAUCAAACAGUGUUAUUAUUUCAAGUGUUGAGUCAUUGGACAGUUUGCCAGUCACUUAUAUUCACUAAGAUGAACUUGGUCUUGAAAGAAGACUUAUUGAUAUACAAGAAAAUAUUUACAUGUCAAUACAUAACACCAAAAUACAAGUUAUUCUUUUUUCAA